AUGGAGAGAGGGCUGAUAUCAGUUGACCGGUGGUCGGACGGCAGCCAAGCUUACUUCCUGACACACCUGCACUCGGAUCACACUCGUGGCCUCACCUCGUCCUGGUCCAAGGGCCCGCUCUUCUGCUCUCGCAUCACCGCGAAACUUUUCCCUCUCCGGUUCCCUGGCUUUGACCUCUCUUUGCUCCGCGUCAUCGAUGUCGAAUCCUGGCAUAGCUUCUCUCUUAUCUCUCCUUCUUCCGGAUCCAACACUGUUCUGCAUGUCAUGGCCAUUGAUGCUCACCAUUGUCCCGGUUCAGUUAUGUUCUUAUUCCGUGGAGAUUUUGGAUGUCUGUUGUACACGGGUGAUUUCCGCUGGGAAGGAACCUCAAAGAGAGCAGAAAGAGCGCGGGCAACUCUCCUCAAUGCUCUACAGGACAAUGCUGUGGAUGUUCUUUACUUGGAUAACACCUACUGUAAUCCAUCAUAUGAAUUUCCUUCUCGAGAAGUGGCUGCUCAGCUGGUUGCUGAUAUAAUUGCUGCCCAUCCAGAGCAUGACAUAAUAAUUGGGAUUCAUGAUUUGGGGAAAGAAGAGUUAUUAGUUCACAUUGCACGUGCGCUCAAUAUAAAGAUUUGGGUGUGGCCCGAACGCCUGCAAACCAUGCAUCUUCUUGGGUUAAAUGAUGUCUUCACAACCAAAACUGAUCUUACUAGAGUGCGAGCAGUUCCUCGUUACAGUUUUAGCAUUAAUACUUUGGAGGGGUUAAACUCAAUAUGCCCAACUAUAGGAAUCAUGCCAUCUGGUCUUCCCUGGACGGUGAAACCCAUUGAAUGUGAUGACAAACAUUUUGGUUCUCCUUUGACUCACCAAAACAGUAAAAGUGGUGAGAUACAAAUGGGAAAUCUGAAUGGAAACUUAGGGUUGGUGAAAAAGUUUCAUAAGUACAUAUUUUCAGUUCCAUAUUCGGAUCAUUCAUGCUUUGCGGAGAUACAAUCAUUUAUAGGACUUGUCCAACCAAACAAUAUGAAAGGCAUUGUCUCUUCAUCAUCUUGUUAUGUUGAUCCUAUAUACUAUUUUGGCUGCCUUUGUAAAGCAAGCCAACCAGCAAAAAAGUUACACUGCAAACAUGAAAAUAAGAAGGGAGGCAGUCAAGCUCUAGCUGUCCGAAGAAAAUUGUACAUCGAAAGUGGGAAAUUAACUAAGCUAGAAACACAAAGAAGAAAGGAUAGGAAGGCAGAUUACUUUGGAGUUCGUCUAAAAAGGUUUCAUUCGUUGAGACGGAUACAACGUGGUGCAAAAAUUGCUGAUAUUGACUUCUCCGAUUGAUCAGUUAUACACAUUUGCACCAAGCAAAUCCAAAAGUUUACAGGUAAAUUUUUCUCAUUAUCUCUCAUGAAGAUCAUGGAUGGUAGAGCUUUGCAAUAUAUUUGAACCAGGGGAUGAAAAGAAUGAUGCUUUUAUUUGCUUUCUUGCUUUUGAGCAUAUGAAAUACAUGCAAGCACAUAAAUUGCCGAGUUUAUUAAGCAGAGUUCGCUCUGAAUCAUCUCGUGUUACAAGUGAGGGAGGCAGGAAUGAUCAAUCUAAACACAGUCCUUGAUUUUUUCU